CGUAGCUACCCGUUGCACAUGCGCAGACUCUGGCGGAGCAGUAGUGCUCUUUAAUCCGUGCGUUAAUCCCUUCAUUUUUAUUUGUGUAUCUAUUCGUUUAAAGGUAUGACAAAUUAAACUUUAUUUAUUGUUUUUGUCAGGAUGAACUUGACUCCGUAAAGUUUCAAGACUCCGAGGCUAACUUAGCAUGCUAGUUAGCUUAGCUUGCUAGCUGCCAACAAAGAAACCCGGAAGUUAUCGACACAUCGCCAAGCAAACACAAACGUCUGUGAACAGCAGUAGUAAACCUCCAGGAUGGAGCAGGAGAAUCCACAGCCCCCCUAUAUUAAAAGCAAAGAAGAGGAGCCACAUCCUGCCCACAUUAAAGAAGAAUAUGAGGAACCACAACAACCCCACAUUAAAGAGGAAGAACUACAUCCCUCUUACUUUAAAGAGGAAGAAGAUGAUUCACAGACACCCCAUAUUAAAAAGGAAGAUGAGGAGCCACAGCCCUCUAACAUUAAAGAUGAAGAAGAGGAUUUACAGCCACCCCAAAUUAAAAAGGAAGAUGAAGCGCUUCAGCCCCCACACAUUAAAGAGGAAGAGGAGGAACACAGCAUCAGUCAGAAUGGAGAGCAUCUUAAAGGACAAGAGGAGGUUGAUGUCCUUAAGAUGCCAUUGACUUGUGUCAUUGUGAAGAGUGAAGAUGAUGAGGUCAAAAGUGAAAGUGAGGAGAAGAGAGGGAUGGAGCCUCCAAGCAGCAGCUCAACUCAACACAUGACAACAGAAGCUGAUGGAGACCACUGUGGAGGAUCACAAGCAGGAAAACUCUUAGCUCCACUAUCGGAUAGUGAUGACAUGACGUCAGACUCUCCUGACACUGAUGAUGAAGACUCUGAAGCUGAUACAACUUGUCACACUGACAACACACACUUUGAAUGUUCUCACUGUGGCAAACAUUUUAGUCGCCGUUGUGAGCUGAAAAGACACAUGAGGAUACACACUGGUGAAAAACCCUUUUCCUGUUCAACUUGCGGUAAAUGUUUUACACAAACUGGUCAUUUGAAAAGACACAUGAGAACACACACUGGAGAAAAGCCUGUCAUCUGUUCAAUCUGUGCUAAAGGUUUUACACAAAAUAGUGAUUUGAUAGCACACAUGACGAGACACACUGGUGUAAAACCUUUUCCUUGCACAAUCUGUGCUAAAGGUUUUAGAGUACAUAAUCAUUUGAAAAGACACAUGAGAACACACACCGGUGAACAAAGGUUUUCUUGUUCAAGCUGUGGUAAAUGUUUCACGACAAGGUGCGAUUUGAAAACACACAUGAGAACACACACGAGUGAAGAACCUUUGUCUUGUUCAAUCUGUGCUAAAAGUUUUACACAAAAGUCACACUUAAAACGACACACGACACUACACGCUGGUGUAAAACCCUUUUCUUGUGUAAUCUGCGCUAAAGGUUUUGUACGAAAAGAUAAAUUAAGAUUGCACAUGAGAACACACACUGGUGAGGAAGUGUGAGUUGCAGUGUGUGAUGAAAUAUUCUCUUAAAAUGAUCAGUGUAAGAAAGACAAGUGAAAAUAGCAGCAGCAAAUGAAAAUGCAUCCAUCCAUCCAUCCAUCCAUCCAUCCAUCCAUCCAUCUUCUUCCGCUUAUCCGAGGUCGGGUCGCGGGGGCAACAGCCUAAGCAGGGAAACCCAGACUUCCCUCUCCCCAGCCACUUCGUCUAGCUCUUCCCGGGGGAUCCCGAGGCGUUCCCAGGCCAGCCGAGAGACAUAGUCUUCCCAACGUGUCCCGGGUCUUCCCCGUGGCCUCCUACCGGUUGGACGUGCCCUAAACACCUCCCUAGGGAGGCGUUCGGGUGGCAUCCUGACCAGAUGCCCGAACCACCUCAUCUGGCUCCUCUCGAUGUGAAGGAGCAGCGGCUUUACUUUGAGUUCCUCCCGGAUGGCAGAGCUUCUCACCCUAUCUCUAAGGGAGAGCCCCGCCACACGGCGGAGGAAACUCAUUUCGGCCGCUUGUACCCGUGAUCUUAUCCUUUCGGUCAUUACCCAAAGCUCAUGACCAUAGGUGAGGAUGGGAACGUAGAUCGACCGGUAAAUUGAGAGCUUUGCCUUCCGGCUCAGCUCCUAUGAAAAUGCAAGAUUUUUUAAAAACUGCCCAAACUUUGUCUUUGAUUGUAUAACACGACAUUGUUGUGUGUGUGCAACACAAUCUUGUUAAUGGUUUUAUCGUUUAUAGAUUUUUUAGAUUACAUGUUUUAAGUACAUGCAUUAGUAUGGAAGAUUGUGUACAUUUAUUUAUUUUUUAAUUAAAUGUUGAAUGAAAAGGUCUACACCAGGGGUAGGGAAACUAUGGCUCUCGAGCCAGAUGUGGUUUUUUUGAUGACUGCAUCUGGCUCUCUGAUAAAUCUUAGCUGACAUUGCUUAACACAAUAAUUCCGCUGGUACUCCAUCCAUCCAUCCGUUUACUACCGCUUGUCCCGUUCGGGUCGCAGGAGGUACUGCAGCCUAUCUCAGCUGUAUUCACAGUGUUAAAAAUAAUGUUCAAAAUGUAAAACAUUCUCAUGCAUUUUAAUCCAUCCAUCCGUUUUAUAGAAGUCGCAUUCAUGGUAAGAAGUUUUUUUUAAUUUUUUAUCUGUUAGCUUCAGAAUAACAAUGUUAUCAAAAAGAACAAGAGACUUAUUGUACUCUAAAUAUGUUGGUCGUACUUAAAAAUGCACGCAUUUCGUUGUAGUCAGUGUUAAAAUAAUAUUAUUUGGCUCUCACGGAAAUACAUUUUUAAAUAUUUGGCUUUCAUGGGUCUCUUAACCAAAAAGGUUCCCGACCCCUGUUCUACACUGACUGAAACAUCAGUUGUUUUUUUGCAGUGUGUGUGAUGAAAAACUCGCCUAAAAGUACCAGUAUAAAAAAUACAAAUGACAACAUUAGGAACAUUUUAAAUAAACGGUCAAAACUUGGUAAACUUUGACUUUUUAACACCACCACCACAUAUAACAUGUGCGACAUCAUUGUUGUGUGUGUAACACAGUGCUUCUCAAUUAUUUUCUGUCAAGCCCCCCUCUUAAUUUCUCUGAUUAUGUUAACUACUUCUCUUUGUUUAUAAUGUCUAAUUUCUGCUGGAUCUACUCUCUAUUUUAUGCUGCCCCCUUUUUUUCCGCUGCAGCUGUUACAUACUGUAAUACUGUAUCAGGGGUAUUCAACUCAUUUUAGCUCAGGGGCCGCAUGGAAGGAAAUCUGUGCACACGCGGGCCAGACUAUUAAAAUCAUGGCAUUAAAACAAAAAAAUGAAGACAACUUCAGAUGGUUUUCAUUGUCUUACUUUGGCCAAAAAUAGAACAAACACAUUCUGAAAAUAUUACAAUAAAAGUGUUAAAAAAAAUACCUGGCAGCGGUAUUAAAAAAAAAAUACUUUUAUUGUAUGGUAUUGUUUAGAUCAGGGGUCGCCAAACUAAGGCCCGUCAGCAUCCAAAAUCCGGCCCACGUGAAGUCUCAAGUUUUUUUUGUGUGUUUUUUUUUUUUAAAUGUGUCCUUUCUAAUAAAUGAGAAAUGGGUUGUA